AUGUCUCAUAGUAGCCUGGCCGCAUACAGAAAACUGUCAAUCGAUUACUCGAAGCGCCAUUGUCGAAUAUUGCAGCUUCUUCCAGGAACUCAUGAAGAAAUACAUUGUACCCUUCAACUUGUCAACCUAGAUGAAUCGACUCCACCCUACGAAUGUGUUUCAUAUGUCUGGGGUGACCUUGCCAUUUCGAAGCCCAUCUGGGUAGAAGGCCAAGAGCUACAGGUCACAACAAACCUUUUGGAAUUCCUACAGCAUAUCAGACACCCGCAUGAUGCUAUCACACUCUGGAUAGAUGCGGUAUGUAUGAACCAAGACGACCUGGUGGAAAAGUCACAUCAAGUCUGGAUGAUGGGUGACAUAUACUCCCGAUGUUCUGUUGUUCAUGUCUGGUUGGGUGCCCCACAAAAGCCGAUAACAACUGAUCCCUUUUCCCUCAUCAGACACUUUGCGAAUGGUAAUCACAUUCAUGCUCUUCCUGGCUUCUCUAAGGACCAAAAAGGAGAAUGGACUUUCGAGACGAACGAAAUUUUCAUGUCUAUUUGGGAAAGCUUUCUGAACAUCUCGAAUAGUUUAUGGUGGACCAGAGCAUGGACAGUGCAAGAGAUUAUCUUGCCAGAAAGAUCACUUGUGUGGUAUGGACCUUGGAAAACAACGUACGAGACAAUUUCUUUGGCUAGAGAAAAUCGGAAUGACCACCUUCGAACGUGCUGCGCACGGUCUUUGGAACUUAUCCCCAAUACCUUGAGGCGCCAGCUCGACUUUUUCCUCGGUGAUGUUGAACGAAUUGAUUACAUACACUAUCCUCGUCAUUGGAAGAGCGACCCAGCGCUCGCUUCUAGAGUCAUGUCGAGGCUUCCCACGGAACCCCGGAAACUCGCGGAAAUCAUUCUUUCGUUCGCUUCUCGAACUUGCAAGGACCCUCGAGAUAAAGUUUAUCCACUGCUGGGCUUAGCUGAGCGUUCCGUCUUCGAGAAUUAUCGGCCGAAUUACGAUCAUAAGGUGGCUACAUGUUACACAGAAGUGUUUCGACGCUUACUUCAAGAAAAUGGAAAUGACUAUCGAAUCCUGAUCGGCAAUGCAUUUGGCAUAACCUAUCUACACCUUCCAUCGUGGGUUCGCGACUUCUCCCAGGUUUAUUCGCGACAUCUAGUUGGCAUUGAACUCCGGAGACUACACGUCUACGACCUCUACAACAGCUCAGGUGGAAGUUUCGGUGAAGUUGAGAUCAAAAAUGAGAAAGAGCUUCGAGUGACUGGGCUGAAGGUGGACACUGUCAUCGAAGUCGGGCCAGCCAUCGACUAUAUUAAAGCUGGCGGUGCCGCCAUACAGGUUCCUCUUGAAGAAUGGACGAAGAUGUGCGGGCGAGCAAUCAACUCGACUAAUGGAAAGAUCAUCCAGAACGCUCUAUCCCGAGUUCUAUGCGGCGAACUCAACCACGACCUGAUGGUUCCAGGGGACUGGAGGCGCCACAAGGAUAGUGAUGCUCCUAGCGAAGUAGCAUGGCAGAAGUUCUUGUCUGGUGAGAUCUCGGCACUGGAAAAUGCCUACCUGGGAGCUGUUGAGUUAGUCACUGCUGGACGAUCACUGUAUAGGACUCAGAAUGGGAAUGUAGGUAUCUGUAAUGUGGGAGCAGAGCCGGGCGAUGAAGUAUGGGUGCUUUAUGGUAUGAAGGUCCCUUUUACUUUACGGAGUUACCGCGUCUUGAGCGGUCACGGUGGCCUAGCCAGGAGCACAAUUAUCCACCACCGACUAUGGGAGCACUGUCAGCAUCUCGUCAGGGGAAUCAUCUUUGGCCAGGAGAAGCGAUCCAAAGCAAAGACAAGAACCCGAGGAUCCAUCGAAGCUCUUCUGUUGAUCAUAGAAUGGCACCCACAAGCGAUUCACUUACCGCCGGCUUCAAAUGGCUGGGACUCGUCUACUUUGCUCACCGACUUCUAUCCUCGGGAUGAUCAGUUCGAUAAUCAAGCAGAUACUGCUGAUGAUAACGAAGCGCAGUGGCUAAGAGAUGUUAUACUACCCGCCAAGACCUCGGAUCGCAUGCCGUGGAUGUUGCUAGGCUGUGUGCAGUCUUUGGCUCUUGAGCUUGGACUUUGUGAUGAUGGCGAAAGAGUUGACGUGUCUGCGAAACCAGCCGGAUUCAAGGCCGAGCAGACACGAUUGCGCGAUCUGCUAUAUAUAUUUCUGGAGCAGCAGUCAAGUCGACUAGGAUGUCCUUCUAUGAUGCCUACUUCUGUCUCGCGCUUCAUGUCAGAGUCUUCCAGAAGAGACGUACAGGGCGAUUCAGCCAUAAUAGGA